AUGAACAAAUGCCAUAUAACGUCCCUCUCCUCUCCUCUCCUCUCCUCUCCUCCCCUCUCUCUCUACCUCUGCCUGGACACUAGAAAGCCAUCCAUUACAAAGAACUCCAUCCUGUGCAUCUGCAAUUCCAAUGAUUCCAACUCUGAGGCUUCCACACCUGAAGGGGACACUAAACAUGAGUUGCUUGCCAGGAUUUCCAUGCUUCAAGCUCAAAAGGUCCGUCUCACUGACUACUUGGACGAGAGAUCAGCUUAUCUGACUCAAUUUGCUGAAGAAGCCAAAGCUUAUGAAAAUCAUGAUAGGCUAAAGGAAAUAACAAAAUGGUUUUGCUCAGCAAUUCUAGUGGAAAUUGAGAAAAAUGAUAAUAAGGUAGCAGAUAUUGAAGGUCAAAUGGAGAAGGACCGGUAUGAGGGGAUGUUCUUCAAGAACCUGGGCCAGAAAGCACCAGUUGAUAAAGCAAAAGCCAAGGAAGGAAGCACAGAAGAUUAA